CAAGCAUAGAUGUUCUGGUUUUCCCUAGGACACAUUUGGACACAGCAGGCUCCUCAGGCCUCUAUGAUGCCCAUCCCUGCCUUCUGGGUCCACCCUCCUCCUCUUUGCCUGCUGCUGACUCUGCUGCUGGGACUCACAGGAGCAGCAGGUGACAGGGAGCCGCAGGUGAUUCAGCCUGAGAGGUCAGUGUCAGUUGCAGCAGGAGAGACGGCCACUCUGAACUGCACCGUGACCUCCCUGAGCCCUGUGGGGCCCAUCAAGUGGUUCAGGGGAACUGGACCAGGUCGGGAGUUCAUCUACAGUCAAAAAGAGGCCCCCUUCCCCAGAGUAACAAGUGUUGCAGAUGUCACAAAGAGAAACAACAUGGACUUUUCCAUCCGCAUCACUAACAUCACCCCAGCAGACACUGGUGUCUACUACUGUGUGAAGUUCCGGAAAGGAGAACGUGGUGAAGUGGAGUUUAAGUCUGGACCAGGCACUCAUCUCACUGUGAGUGGAGCAGCAGGUGACAGGGAGCCGCAGGUGAUUCAGCCUGAGAGGUCAGUGUCAGUUGCAGCAGGAGAGACGGCCACUCUGAACUGCACCGUGACCUCCCUGAGCCCUGUGGGGCCCAUCAAGUGGUUCAGGGGAACUGGACCAGGUCGGGAGUUCAUCUACAGUCAAAAGGCCCCCUUCCCCAGAGUAACAAGUGUUGCAGAUGUCACAAAGAGAAACAACAUGGACUUUUCCAUCCGCAUCACUAACAUCACCCCAGCAGACACUGGUGUCUACUACUGUGUGAAGUUCCGGAAAGGAGAACGUGGUGAAGUGGAGUUUAAGUCUGGACCAGGCACUCAUCUCACUGUGAGUGGAGCAGCAGGUGACAGGGAGCCGCAGGUGAUUCAGCCUGAGAGGUCAGUGUCAGUUGCAGCAGGAGAGACGGCCACUCUGAACUGCACCGUGACCUCCCUGAGCCCUGUGGGGCCCAUCAAGUGGUUCAGGGGAACUGGACCAGGUCGGGAGUUCAUCUACAGUCAAAAAGAGGCCCCCUUCCCCAGAGUAACAAGUGUUGCAGAUGUCACAAAGAGAAACAACAUGGACUUUUCCAUCCGCAUCACUAACAUCACCCCAGCAGACACUGGUGUCUACUACUGUGUGAAGUUCCGGAAAGGAGAACGUGGUGAAGUGGAGUUUAAGUCUGGACCAGGCACUCAUCUCACUGUGAGUGGAGCAGCAGGUGACAGGGAGCCGCAGGUGAUUCAGCCUGAGAGGUCAGUGUCAGUUGCAGCAGGAGAGACGGCCACUCUGAACUGCACCGUGACCUCCCUGAGCCCUGUGGGGCCCAUCAAGUGGUUCAGGGGAACUGGACCAGGUCGGGAGUUCAUCUACAGUCAAAAAGAGGCCCCCUUCCCCAGAGUAACAAGUGUUGCAGAUGUCACAAAGAGAAACAACAUGGACUUUUCCAUCCGCAUCACUAACAUCACCCCAGCAGACACUGGUGUCUACUACUGUGUGAAGUUCCGGAAAGGAGAACGUGGUGAAGUGGAGUUUAAGUCUGGACCAGGCACUCAUCUCACUGUGAGUGGAGCAGCAGGUGACAGGGAGCUGCAGGUGAUUCAGCCUGAGAGGUCAGUGUCAGUUGCAGCAGGAGAGACGGCCACUCUGCACUGCACCGUGACCUCCUUGAGCCCUGUGGGGCCCAUCAAGUGGUUCAGGGGAACUGGACCAGGUCGGGAGUUCAUCUACAGUCAAAAAGAGGCCCCCUUCCCCAGAGUAACACAUGUUUCAGAUGUCACAAAGAGAAACAACAUGGACUUUUCCAUCCGCAUCACUAACAUCACCCCAGCAGACACUGGUGUCUACUACUGUGUGAAGUUCCGGAAAGAAGUACGUGGUGACGUGGAGUUUAAGUCUGGACCAGGCACUCAUCUCACUGUGAGCGGAGCGGCAGGUGACGGGGAGCUGCAGGUGAUUCAGCCUGAGAAGUCAGUGUCAGUUGCAGCAGGAGAGACGGCCACUCUGAACUGCACCGUGACCUCCCUGAGCCCUGUGGGGCCUACCAAGUGGUUCAGGGGAACUGGGCCAGAUCGGGAGUUCAUCUACAGUCAAAAAGAAGCCCCCUUCCCCAGAGUAACAACUGUUGCAGAUGCCACAAAGAGAAACAACAUGGACUUUUCCAUCCGCAUCAGUAACAUCACCCCAGCAGACACUGGUGUCUACCACUGUGUGAGGUUCCGGAAAGGAGAACAGGGCGACGUGGAGUUUAAGUCUGGACCAGGCACUCAUCUCACUGUGAGCGCCAAGCCCUCUCCUCCCAUGGUAUCCGGCCCUGCAGUGAGGGCCACACCUGAGCAGACAGUGAGCUUCACCUGCACAUCCCACGGCUUCUCCCCCAGAAACAUCUCCCUGAAAUGGUUCAAAAAUGGCAAUGAGCUCUCAGCCUCCCAGACCAGUGUGGAUCCAGAGGAAGAUGGCGUUUCCUACAGCAUCACCAGCACAACUGAGUUGCUAUUGACCCCAGGGGAUGUUCACUCCCAGGUCAGCUGCGAGGUAGCCCAUGUCACCCUGCAGGGGAGCCCUCCUCUCCGUGGGACUGCCAAUUUGUCUGAGACCAUCCGAGUACCACCCACCUUGGAGGUUACCCAACAACCCAUAGCGGGAAAUCAGGUGAACAUCAUCACCUGCCUGGUGAACAAGUUCUACCCCCAGCAACUACAGCUGACCUGGCUGGAGAACGGAAAUAUAUCCCGAACAGAAGCUGCCUCAACCCUCGUAGAGAACAAAGAUGGGACCUUUAACUACAUGAGCUGGCUCCUGGUGAGCUCAUCGGCCCACAGGGAGGCUGUGGUGCUCACCUGCCAGGUGGAGCAUGAUGGGCAGCCAGCAGUCACCAAAAACUCCAUGGAGACCUCUGCUCCCCAGAAGGACCAGGAUACAGGCCCAGAGAUUCUCCUAGCAGUUCUCCUCCUCGGCCCCAAGCUGCUGCUGAUGGUCAGUGUGUCUGUCAUCUUUGUCCACAGGAAGCAUUGAGCCUGACUGUGCCACCACCGCCUCUACAGCUUCCUUCCCUCCUUGAGGGGCCCAGCCUAAGAGAAUGACCAGCUGGUAUGUUCCAUAUGCCUCCCCUCCACGGAGACCUGCAUACCUGCUCCUGAGCUCCUUCCCACAGUCCUCGGUGUUCCUUGAGCUGGGUCUUUAUACGUGGUCUUGAGCAGGGAUCAUGGAAAGUAGCUCUGGGCACUGACUCAGGACAUCUCCUAGAAAUGUGAGAAACAGAUCUACGCAGACAGGUAGAUCUCUCAUCCAUCACCUCUGACUUGCAUGACUACACAUUAAUGGACCCUAUACUGAGGAGUUAUUGUGUUCUGGAUUCCUGCUUUCACCUAACUCCUCAUCCUCUGAGGUUCUCUAUUUCCUCUUCAGUACAAAUAUUCCUCAUCUUUGUUUUAAGAGAAAUUACUCUCCUUGUCCAUUGUCUAAAUGGCCUACUAGUCAAAUCUGGAAAGUAGUCUCCCCUCUUCUCUCUGUGAUGGGAAGAGGAGUUUUUCUAUUAUUGUGCAUCCUUCUCAACCCUGUUGCUCAUAAAACGUACCAUGUCCAGAAACCUGGAGUCAUCAUUCAUUUAUCGUUAUUUCAUAGACGAUAUUCAAAAUGGUUAUGUCCAAUGGUAAGAUGGUGAAUCUUUAAUUACUGACUUUUAAAAGAAAAAAAAAAAGCUUGAUUGAUAGUAUUUUGGUGUAAAUACUCCCAAUGUGGUUAAUUUCAAGUUAGAAGAAUUAACAACUAGCUUGCAAAAUUCCUCAAAAUGUAAAUAUCAGCUCUCAUCAGUCCAAGCCUCUAGCACACCACAGAGCUCUUUGCAGUGGGUAAGAAUCUGCCCAUUCUCAUGCCCAUCUCUACUCUCUGAUCCCAGACAUCAUUAUCUCUUCCUGCACCAUUGCUAUGUUCUCUAACUGGUUUUCCCGUUUCAGGCACAGUGAUUCUCUGGAAAUGUCAGCCAAAUCCUGUUGCUCCUCUGUCUCUUCCCUCACAUACCUGCAUGGUUCAUUCUCUCUUCCUACAAGCCUCUGCUCAAAUGUCACUUUAUCAAAGGCACCUUUCAUACACCACCCCAUAUAAAAUAUCAAUUCCAUCUCACCCUGGCAUUCCAUGCCUCUUCACCUGAUUGAUUUUUUCAUGAGAACUUUUUACUGUCUGAUGUAGGAAGUGCUAACUGUGCAUCAUAGAGAAGGACCAUUAAAAUGACUAUGUACGCUGAAUCAUGGACAGUGAUCUCAGUAAUCAAUGGGAAAAAUAAUGAUUAUUCUAUGAUCUUUACAAUUUACUUUCAAAACCUUAAAAACUACCUUACUGUCAUCUUUAAAUAUAUGGAGAAAUUUUUUUAAAGUAAAUCCAAUAAUAUAUAGUUUGACAAAUUAGAAACACUGAGAAUUAUUUAAACAUAAGUUUUACAUAUUUAACAUGUUUAACAUAUUUAAACAUAAAUAAGAAACAACUUAUUUCUUUAUAAAAACUUAUCCAAAGUGUUUCAACAGUGCUUGACUUCUUCUUUUUGUAUAAUUUACAAUGAUUUAAGUCAAUGUAUGGCAAAACCAAUACAAUAUUGUAAAGUGAAAUAA